AUCUGACAUCCAUCUUGUUGAAAAAAUGAAAGCGAAAGAAGAAAUUUAUGUGGUGAAAUUUCAAUGAAUUACAAUUAAUGACAGGUCCAGGUACCAAAAAUUACAUUUUCCAACAUAAUACCAAGGAGCAGAAGAUAAAUGACAUAGCAACACAGAUAACUUGAAAGAAAUAAACAUGAAGAAAUCAUCAACUGAUACUUCUUCCGACUCCUACAAAAUGUUGUAUGGGACAUGUCCUGAUGAAGAGUGUAAAGCCAAACUUUAUUUCCCCUCUUACGACAAAAGCAUUGAGUGUACAAGCUGCGGUCAGAGACAUGAAAAAUCGGCAAUCAAAAACGUUGCUGAAGUCACAAAUCCAAAGGUUGCUUUUCAUAACAUUCUGAAAAACCUUCUGCUUGGAAAUGUGAAACCUAAGAAAGGUGCAGACAAUGUGAAAGUGCUAGGUCUUUCUAAUUACGUGUGUAAAAUUGUGUCCCCAAUCCUGACAAGAUACGGCAUGGAUAAGAACACAGGGGCAGCCAAAUUGCUGACAGAGCUUGGACAACCGGCGAUUCUGGACUGUGGAAAGAUUUUGGGGGACAGGGCUUUUCUCAUAGAGGAGGAGAAUCUAGACAUUAUCGGGUAUGGGAGGGACAGAACAGGAAGUGCCCAGUAUCUUGCCGACACUCUUAAUGUAAUUAAGGAGGCUAACAAUAACGAGAGUAGACUGGUUCCCAUACAUGCUGACGGAGACGGCCACUGCCUUGUGCAUGCUGUGUCAAGAGCUCUGGUUGGACGGGAACUUUUUUGGUAUGCUUUGAGAGUGAAUCUCAUGAACCAUUUUCAGUCCAAGCUGACCACAUAUAAGGAUCUUUUCUGUGAUUUUAUUGAUGUGGAUGAAUGGGAUGCUAUCAUAAAGGAGUGUGACCCCGAUUUUGUGCCUCAGGAUGGUGAGCCUUUGGGUCUGAGGAAUAUCCAUGUGUUUGGACUGGCUAAUGUUUUGAGAAGACCUAUUAUCCUGUUAGAUUCUAUCAGUGGAAUUCAGAGCUCAGGGGAUUAUUCUGGUGUGUUUUUGCCCGGCCUUUUGCCUCCAGAGGAGUGUAAGGGCAAGGAUGGUGUCCUGAACAAACCAUUGUGUAUUGCCUGGAGCAGCAUGGGGAGAAACCAUUAUAUACCACUGGUCGGAAUCAAAGGGAAGGAGCAGCCCCUUUUGCCCCGCUAUAUGAUACAGAGGGCCUGGGGCUUGCCCUCUGUUCAGAUUGAUAAGUACAUCGACUUCAACGAGAAAGGCCGCUGUGUCAUAGGUGGAAACAAGUGUCUUUCAGAUAAAUACAUUAGGAGUCUUGUAUCGGCCAUGGAAAAGGUUUACAUGGAUAAAUAUGGUGUCCACCCCCAGCUUGUGGCUGACACUCAUCAAUACCUGUACAGAACUCUAGGUAUGGUUGGAGUCAGAAUGGAAGAAGUCUUAAAAACAACCAGGGAAGCUAUCCAGAAAAAGGCCUUGUACCGGUGUCUGACUUGCGAGGCCAUUAUGGAAUAUCAGUUACACGACGAGUGGUUCAAGAAAGGAGGAAAUCUCUACAACCUAGCAGAACAGACUUAUGGGAAAUUAAGACCAGACAAGAAGUAUUCGUUUCCACAGCAAGGAGCCAUAUGUAGUUACGAUAAAGAUCAGGAUAAACUCAUACCAGAGCUCUCGAGAUGUAAACCAAGCACCUGUUCCUAUUGUCAAGGUGAAAACAUUCGACUUGUUAACGGGGAUGGUAGUAUUUGUUAUGAAAACGGUGACAGAACGAAUACCCCCGCUGCAUCCAGUCGUUGUAUGUGUGGAUUUAAACAUUACUGGGAUGGCAAGGAAUAUGACAACCUACCAGAAAUUUUUCCCAUCUCUAUGGACUGGAAUGGAGAAACUGUGACAGAGAAAGUAGUAUGGUUCCAGCACGAAUCUGAUGUCACUCUCAAUAGCAAUGUGUUUGAAGUAGCCCAAAAAUUAGUCCAGAAACAUUUCCCAGGAGAAUUUGGCAGUGAGCGUCUUGUUCAAAGAGUGGUGGAUACAAUAUUGCGUCACACUGCUCCCAAGGUCAAGGAUCGGGAGGGAGGAAGCUCAGCAGUUGUGUCCCCUUACCAAGACACGGAGUGGUCAGCAGAAGAGCCGUCCAAAAUCAUACUGACUGGACAAAAGCAAAAAACUCUACACAAAGAGGAAUUAACAGUAAGCCAAAAGGAGAAAAUGGUUAAAAAGCAGAUAGAAUCACAGGCUCCAAAACACCAGCAGAAGAAAACCAAGGAGGUGUCUGCCUCAGCAAGCAAGUCUAGUCCCUCUAAGCCAAAAAUGGAGCAUGCAUGCAGUAAGGAAUCAUCGCCCGUUCCCAUGGAAAUGGAGAAGCCACCUGGUCAAAAGAAAAUCCGAGUAGCCACUUCUGAUGGCCGACAGGUUAUGUUGACUGUUGAAGGACAAGUAAAUUUUAAAGCUCUCCAGGACAUGAUAUACAAGGCUGUGAAAGUUCCUCCCGAGAGACAAAAAAUAAGGAUCGGAUUUCCUCCCAAGGAAUUAAAAAGACCUUCAGACUCAGAUAUUAAUGAGCCAAUUCCACUCGCUCACGGAGACAAAAUAUCACUGGAAAUCCUUCCAAUGAUUCAUUCUUUGUCUGAUUCAGGAGCCGAGAGUUCACAUCAUGAGCACAAAGCUCUGAAACAUUCCGCCUCUGCUCCUGUCAAACACAAACAAAAGUGGAGCAAUUUUGAAGAGGAUAUCCACCAUACACCAGCAUUUGAGCCACUGCUUCAGAGUUUCCAUGAUCAAGCAGGUAGUAACAGCCUUGAUGCUGCAGUUGCAUCCCUUACCAUCAUGGCUACCCUAAAAGGUCGUGACCUUUGGACCCAUGUACAGACCAUGCCUCAUUUAUUUUCUGUGGGUGGAUUGUUCUACAAACAAGUGGAGCGUGACCUAGGAUUAGUAGAUGGCAAACACUGCACAUUACCCACUUUACCUGGAAAGGUAUUCAGAUUUAACGAGGCAGAGAACAGAUUGGAACUGUGUAUGGAACCAUAUGGACACUUUCAAAUUGAACCUGGGGUGGAGAACAAAGCCCAAGAAUCCAGACCUAUUUUUGGCUCUCAGAGUGAAGGGUCAUUUAGUGCAUUCAGUGGAGCAGUUGGAAACAAGAGCAAGCAGACUGCAUUCACAGGUCAAGGACACUCACUGAAAACAAUGCCUGACAUUGAAAAAAUGCCGGAAGACAUCCCAGAAAAUUUACACCAACAUGUACGCCACUCACACACUCUCUGUAAUCCCAAUGUCCACCAAGAGUCCAUUGCUGAGGAGCCAGAGGAUCAGAUGGGAGUGGAUCCAGAGAAAACCAGGGGUGUAGGGGGGAAUGAAGGGGAGGGGUACCAGAGAAUAGGGCCUGGAUACAGUGUUAUCAGUCAUCCUAACGAGAACCAGACAAACAAGUCUGUCCAACAGUUUAAAGACCUUGCAGAGAGCAUUGAAAGAACAAUGAAUGAGGACAUAUGUAAAAUUGACGAAGAGAUGGAGAAACUUGAUGAAGAAGAGAGAAAAAGCAGAACAUCUAGCAUCAAUUCUCCACAGAACACAGCAAGCCAAGAGGACAACAUGUUCUUUAAUGAAGACAAAACAGAAUCUACAGCAGAAGAAAAGAUGGAGGUCACAGGAAGUGAGGAAGGUAGACAACCCAUGCCAACCUCAGCAGAUGACCAAUCAAUUUCAUGAGUGAUUAAUGAAAGUUGAAUAUAAUUUAACUGGUGGUUAAAACUCAACAAGAUUCCUGUUUACCGGUAUCUAAUUCAAAACUGACUAAUUCAUUUGAAACCGUUUGAUAGUUUCAACAAAAUGUGAGCAAUUACAUGUACAUGUAGGCUCAGUAAUUUAAAUGCUCUAGCUGUUCUAAGCUUUUAAGAUUUAUUGUAUGUAUAUUAAAUUUUACAGCAAUGAGAGAUAAAAAAAAGAAGUGCUAUUUAAUAUAAAGACAUGUAGAUGUUUGAAAUAUUCAUCAUUUGCAAUAUAUAAAUCUUUGAUCUGCUGUUGAUGUAUCUUUUUUUACUUCUGUAUUUCAGAGCUAAGCACUGAAUGUUAAUUUUUAUGUUCAAUUUUAAAAGUAAUAAUUAAUGAUUAGUACUGUGUGCGCAUGGCAUAACGAAUGUUUAUUUGCCAAGUUUAGUCUCUCUUACUAGGAAAAAGAAUUAAAAAAUGUUAAUUCUGUUGUACAAUGAAUGACACGAUUUGUCGGUUGUAUUUCACAUGUGUACAGAAUUACUAUGUCACUUUCCCCAGAAAAUCACUUCUAUAGUAUAUAAUUAGAAUAGAAGAAAAUCAGACCAUUGUAUCUUUGUAGUAUUGUAAUGAUAAUAAUUUUGCAUACAGUAAGUAAUUUGCCAUAAUAAAGUUGUCUUUCAGUUCACACCUUAUAAACUGUAGUGGACAGUGUACACACAAUAACCUACAAACUUAUGUCUGUGAUGUGAAUUUGGAAAGCUAGUUGUAAAUAAAUCAUUUGACAUUGUC